AAUUAUGCAUUUAUGCAGGGUUCAAUUUCAUUGACCAAUCAGAAGCAGUCUGUUGUCAGCGGGCGGGAGUUAGCCAUUUGCUAUACUCACGGGCUGUGCUCACUUGCAUACUGCUUCUCACACUGUGAACUCGAUUUCCCACCCACCCACCCACCCGAUAGUGUUUCCCCCUUGCCUGCGGUGGCGCCGGCUGCUUGCCGGGUUUUUGUUUUCAGGCUGCUUGCCUGUGCUUGCUGGCUGCUUGCCGGUCUACCUCCGGCUGUUUUUUGCCGGUCCCUUGUGCUGCCUGACUGCCCCCCCCCCCUCUGGCUCUUUGCUCGAUCUCGGGCUAUUGUCCCCUCCCCGUGCGGCUGCUUGCCGGGUGUUCGGCUGCUUGCCGAUGUGUGUAUCUGUGGUUCAGCAUAUUUAAUUUCGUGAUUUGUUCGUCUGCUUGUACGUCCGUUUGUCCCCUCACCAUUUGUCCUUUUGUCUGUCCGUGAAGUGCUUAUUCUCUGUUGUGUGUGUCCUUGGCACAGUGUAAAUGGUGGGGGUAGUCCUUUUUGUCAUCCUUGCUAGCAAUGUCCGUGUUGUGUUCGUUAUUUGCAUUAUGCCGCACCCGCUCGUCGGGCUUGCUCUCCGGCUAGUCCGGGUGAUUUCUUUUAGAUUGGUAUCCUGCGUUAUCCAGCGUUUUUUAUGGUUUCCCUUUGGUCGGUAGGUGCAUAUAGGUCGUUGUGCUCGGCUUUCUAUGCUUACCAGGUAAGAUAUCUCGUACGUUCAUGUUACUAUUUUAUUUAUUAAUUCCGUUUCCACCUGUGGUGUGACGUUAGCUCUGUCCUUGGAGAGGCUAAUUCUCGGCAUCAUUGAUAUUAGUCAAGUCGGGAUGCUGGGAUGGCUGAAAGUCUCUUCUACCGAGAAGACAGCUGCGCGGAAUGGAGUUCAUCGUAAGUCGGCUUACCGAGAAAACUAAGCAGCCGGAACCUCUCCAACAGAGCUACACGCUCCAAAGAAUUGCUUGCUUAAGCUCGAGUGCGUUAGAUGUUAAUUUGAAUUUGAAAGGGUGUAUACAUUUUUUUGAUACACCCUGUAUGGUUGUAAAGUAAAUAAAUUUAAUAAAAUAAAUAAUCUUUUUCUCGAUUCUGUCCAGGUAUAUCAGAUGGUAAUGAACCGAUUUGGAAUAUCAUUUGAUGUUGAAGUUAAGAAAAGGUGAAAAACACGUUUUAUUGUUGGUUAAGAUCAUACCAGUUGUUGAAAGACGUAGACCAGUUCCGAAUCACGUGAAUACAGACAGUAUAUCCAGUCACGACCUGACCACCGAACGUCUGUACCUUAUCACACCAAAAUUAAAAUUGUCAUGCCUAUUUUUUUCUCUAAGCAGAGUAAUACUACUCUAGUUGGCUAUAUGUUAGCUACUGACCUAUGAGCCUCGCGGCAUAGGUCAUGCCAGGCCCAGACUGCGCGCGGUUCCUAUGAUAUUAACUUGUCAUGUCCCAUCCUCGUCCCGAGGGCCUCUCAGCCGCGCGCGUCCUCCUAAUUUUCAACGAGUGAUCGAGUGAAAAUGGCUUUGGGGACGAGAAUGGUCACGUCCUACCUGUAUAUGCCAGUCAUUCGGAAACAGAAAUGAGGUUUAUUCGUAAUAAAGGUCAUUAUUAUUUAAUGUUUCUUUUAGAGGAUAUUUACCUUACGGAAGAGGAAGUGUCGUAGUCAGAUCCAAUCCUAUCCAACACCUUCAUAAUGUGGAUAUGAUAGAUCCAGGCUUUGUGACCAAGAUCACAGGACGGGCAUUUGUAGCUGGUGGAAAACCCGUGAAGGUGAAAUAUAAAUAAAUGAAGUGUGCGCAAACUAUUGUUUUAUCGCCAUACGAACUUUCAAGGGACUUAAUUACACUGUACGUGGUUAGUUUCGGUCGAGAAUUGAGAUAAUCAAUGGACCAUUUGCAUUAUAGACUAAAUUUUAAUCUAGACAAAAAUUUCAUCACAGCUUGAAAGAGCAUCACAAAAUUCGUAAUAUUCCAAAGUUUCGUUGCGAAAUGUUGUAAAAUGCGGAUAAUAUGGCCUUGCGAAGUUUGCCGUUUUUCAGUCAUUUUGUAUUAUACGCACGGGAAAUUGACAGCCCAAUCGGGUGUUGGGGCAUCAAUUUCCCGUUUGUAAUACAAAAUGACUGAAAAUUUCGCAAGGCUAUACACUAUCCGCAUUUUACAACAUUUUGCAACAAAACUUUGGAAUAUUACUAAUUUUGUGUUGCUCUUUCAAGCUGUGAUGAAAUUUUUGUCUAGAUCAAAAUUUAGUCUAUAAUGCAAAUGGUCCAUUCACAGGGCAAAAUUUGCUGGUGGAAACGACAGUGGCAAAGCAUUUUUUUGUUAGGAGGAGACACACUGAAAUCUAAAACGAUACUUCCGACAUUGUAAAGAAAAAAAUGAGAAGAUGAAGGGAACUCGUAGAGCUUAAAUUCGUUAAUGCCAUUGCCGCCUAAUAGAGACGUGUCCAUAUUAGAGAGGUGUUCGCCAUUAGAGAGGUAGGUGUCCGCAAGGAAAGGUUCAAGUGUACGUUGAAUUGAGAGAAAUCCUUCAAUCAUUUUCUAUUAUGAGGAUAACAAUAUUGGUAUCGAUAGAUAACACAAUUUGGAAUAAAGUUGGGAUAUUAUACAAACACUACUUGUCAAAUUUAUUAGUCAAACAGUCGUUUAGUAGGUUCCUAUCAAAUUUUAUAUUUGCUUCAUUUUUGCAUAGAUUGCACAGAGAAUGGCAAAACAGGCUCAGAUAUUGUUAAAAGAAAAAUUCAGCGACAUUCCUAUCACGAUAGAUUCAGUACGUGAAUCUGACAGCAGAUCAGAAGGGAUGGGUCAAGGCAUUUUGUAAGUUAUAAUUUAUAUAUUGUAUUGGUAUAGAUUAUUUGUAACGAUUGAAUCUACUGUUGGCCAUUAGCUGCGUUGCCAAAUAAAUUAAAUGUGAAAAUUAAUGCCCAGCGAACAAUUAAAGAAACCAUUACAAGACACUUUAUUAUAGAAAAGAUUGAUAGGGGUUCAACUACCUAAAGAAUACAAGUAAAACGUCGACGUUUGAAGCCGUUUCGACUCCGAGCGAAGGCCCUUCACUCGAGACGUCAAAGUUUUACUUGAAAUGUUACACCUCCAUCAAUGUUUUCUUGUGUUUAUUAACCUAUACCCAUUCACUGCUGUUAAAACGGUAUGUUUACAUUAUUGCUAUUAAUAUCGAUUUUAUAGAAUUGUUGCAGAAACUUCAACGUCGUGCGUAUUUUCGGGUUCGGGAUUGUGGAAAAAAGGUACUGGAAUAUUUCGUCUGACGUCUUGGAGUGCCGAUUUUUCCGAUUCUUGCAACCAACCCUGACAAUUUAUUCAAUACCCGACGCCGUAUUGUAAAAGCAAGCACAAUCAUGAGUCUUGGCAUUGUGUUGAGGGAAUACACUCCAUUAUGCUAGCCUUCCUUGCAAUCGUUAAGCCAGGUUUUCAUUAAAGCUCAAGACUAUAACAUUAUAGAGUUGUAGAGAUAGCGGUAGGCCUAUUGGGAUCGCCCCGACCCAACAUGAACUGACAAUCUUUGAGAUCGGUUCAUUAUGACAAUAAAAAGUAUUAAAUGGUUGGAAUAAUCUUCCUACAGAACGAGUCAAAAACACUCAUCACAAAACGUGUUUUAUAUUGCAAUGGUUGCAAUUACAUUAUAGCAGUUACGAUUUAAAGCACAUUGCCAAUAGAGAGUUAGUUUAUCUCAUUUGAAAGAACGUUUGAAAUUAUGUAUUAAAUCUUGUUGCAGAUUUUUCAUAUCAAGCUUCACUAUACUAUUAUAAAAAUAUUUUGACUGAAAGCAAUAAGUUGUCCACCAUCUUGCAUUUAUUCUUAAUCUCGUUAACUAUAUGGUUUUGAUGACGUUACGUGUGGGUAUAAACAAAAUUGGAGAUCAGCAACCAGAAACGAAUUUCGGGCUCAUAUUGAUUACUGGCUGUCAAGAUAAAACAUCUGCAUGACUCCGUUUGUGACGUAACAUGCAUAUCCAAUGGCAUAUCCUCAAUAAUCCAAGUGAGCUGUUUGCCAGCUCACUGUUUUCAGCCGAAAUAUUUCAAGAGCUCUUGGAAUAACAUUUUUAGAGCUCUUUCAAAUGAGAUAGACUAAAUUUUUACUGCCAAUGCCCUUAACACAGCCAUUUGCGUUGAUUACAUUAAAACCAUAGGUGUGGAAACAGAGACUGUAGUGGAGGUCGCGAUGAAGGAACUUAUGAAUAAUAUAAAUUCUGGAGGUUGUGUGGACAACUGGAUGCAAGAUCAGGUGAGAUACUGCCAUGCGCAUAAUUUUCUUUCCCUACAUCUCAAUUCCUUAUGUUAUUUAAAACUGCCAAUUGUGCAUGCAUGUUACUCAGAUGUCAUCUACGUACUAUUUAAACAUGAGCAGCACUGUUUUAUCAGAUAGAAAGAUACGAGGCGAAGCCGAGCAUCUUUAGGUCCGAUACGACACGCUUAUGAUACGACACGCUUAUGAUUUUUCUUUGUGUUGUCCUCAUGAAUUAUUGAGUUUUUGAAGUCUAUAUAGUUAGCUUUUGAAAGCAUCGGCAACAAAAUUUAAGCUAACCUUGUUGAAACGAAUGUUUAAAACUGAAAAGUAAGUUACUUUACAAAUUUCAUAUUUAUUAUUUUAUCUGCAAAGGUGUGUCAAUUUUGGAUGGUUAUCCUACCUAUUACAUCAUAGAUUUAGUCACAGCGGACACAAAGCUCCGGCCCAAAUAUUAAUAGAGGUUCAGAUUUGACUUCCAGUCCCGCCACCUCUCACAGGCUUACUACGUAUUUGAUUGGUUAAUCGGGUAGAUUAAAUGCAUCUGAUUGGUUAAUGGUAACGGAAGUCAAAAUCUGAACCUCUUUAAAGCUUAGUGUCUUAAUUAUUGAAGUACGGCCACGGGUUGGACUUUAGUUCGAAAACGAAGACAGUGCUUGCCUAACAGUUUUAAACAUUCUUCAGACUUCGAAAUUGCUCGUCAUCAGUUCUAUGAUAUUCCCUUUAGAUUAUCAUUCCAAUGGCGCUCGCGAGAGGUAAUUCUGUUGUCAGGACUGGACCUCUGACGUUGAAAACAAAAGCUGCACUGCGAGCUAUAAAACAUCUAACUAAGGUAUGAGAAAUUGAGUGAGCAAUAAACCAGAGUUGCAACGAGUCAUCCUAAGAUCGAGUCACGAAUCGAGUCAUUUCAAUAUCUGAUGGAGUCGAGUGAAUGACUCCACUCGAGAGCUGAACUUGAGUUGAGUCAGAGAAAAUUGAUCAAGCCCAAAAUGUACAAAGGCGUAAUUUCAUCCAAAUAGGGUUUUUGUUGUAUUAUCCUUUGCAUAAUGCAUGCUGUAUCGCAGGCGAGAAUAGCAAUAAUCGUAUUUACUUUCGAAAACCUGUCAUAUUUUGUUUGUGAUGUUACUCUGAGUGUAUAUCCACACCGGGCAAGCUUGAAAAAUAUGCCUGGCCACGGUGGGAAUCGAACCUACGACCUUUGGAAUACCAGCCCUUGUCUUCCUAGAAUUAAAUUGUGAAUGAACACUCCUAAAUGAUAAAUAUUCUUUGAAUAAUUAUGUUAAAUCGUUGACCAUCACUGGUUAUAGAAGCAACCAGGGGCUUCUUUCGCGCAGACUGGCAUUUAUCCAACCGCGGAAGCAAAAAGCCUGGGUUCAAGUUUGGUCUACAUAGACAGCCUCUUUCAUUUUAGUUACAAUAGUUCACUUUUCUCUCAUACGACCCACUUUUUUAUUUUUUCAAGGUUCGUUUCAAGAUAAUCAAAGAAAAACCUCCAUUGGAGACAAACCUCAUUAAAUGCAAAGGUCUUGGUUACACAAACCUGUAUCUCGACUAACUCUAAAACAACAAAUGCCGAGGUAUGAAGGCGAAAUGCAAAUUUUUCUCGCCCUUUGUGGCCUCGCCGUGUAUCCAUUUGCAAAGCAUGCAAGAGGAUUGUUGUUAACAAUGGAAACCAAAUAUGCUCAUGCAAGCAAAUAUUCAACAUAGAAUACAAAGAUCUCAAUAUGAAGAGAGCUCUGCCUUCAUUAUCACCGUAGAAUCCCGAAAAGAGCGACCCUUCGUAAGUAGCGUAGCUGCCCUUCGUAAGUAUAGCGUAUGUAUAGCUGCCCUUCGUAAGUAGUUGCCCUUCAUAAGCAGCGACCCUUUGCAAGUAGCGCUGCCCUCGUAAAUAUAUAACGAGCGAGCCCCAACAGCAGAUAAAACCGAAAGUGGGGCCACUACUCUCGGGAUUGCACGACAGCAGAGAAACAUGAAAUUCAUCAGUGACGAGAGUUGUUGACGUUGUGCAGACUCUUCAACACGGCAAAAUGCGCAACGAUUUGGCAAAUAUAAAUAAAAACUAUGUGGAUAGUUUAUUUAAAGAUUGUUCAAUAAUGUUCCUCUUUGUGAUGUCCCACUAUGUCCACAUGUAAACCAGUAUAUUUUGAGAAUUACCAUCUAGUUACUAUUAUCAUUUUAUUUAUUAUAGAAGUAUAGAGAUUGACGUGCAGAAUCGUAUUCUCGCGGCGGGCGAUAUUUUUCACUUGUGAAAUUAUCUUCUCGGCGUUUCGAUUGGCUGGUGUUUUCGCACUCAUAACUGUAAAUAUGCCGCUCGGUUUUACCGAAAUAGCCAAAGUGGGAGUUUUUAUUUUUUGCUAAUUGGGCGACUAUUUUCACCGAUCCGAGAAGUAGUCAUCAUUUUUUCUCCAGAAAUUAGUUUCAAUCAAGGUAAUCACUGCCGCCUUAUAGAAAAACUUCAAAACUAACAGUUUUACAAGGUAUAAAUAAUUAAAUAUAAAUACCAUGCGUUCUCUUUUAGAAAUUACUGUAAUUCUUAAAAAAAGAGUUUAUGCCAGAUUUAGCAAAGAAGACUGCAUGACUAGCCUCGUUUUGGUGCUUUUUGGUUAUUUGAAAGGGCUGUAAUUUGGCUUGCAUGAAUUGCUGUCAAUCAUAAACUUGUACACUUUGCCUUAAUAAUAACCAGACUCUGUUCUGCAGACUCUAUUAGCGUGGUAAUGCGUAAAGUAUAAACAAUGCCAAUUGACCAUUUGCGUAAUAGACUAAAUUUUGAUCUCAACAAAUUUAAACAAAAAUUUCAUCACAGCAUAAAAGAGCAUCACAAAAUUAGUAAUAUUCCGAAGUUUCGUUGAGAAAUGUUGUAAAAUGCUCAUAAUAUAGCCCUGCGAAGUUUGCAAUUUUCAGUCAUUUUAGAUUACAAACGCGAAAUUGACAGCCUCAAACCCUUCGAGGCUGUCAAUUUCCCGUUUGUAAUCUAAAAUGACUGAAAAUUGCAAACUUCGCAAGGCUAUAUUUUCCGCAUUUUACAACAUUUUGCAACGAAACUUUGGAAUAUUACUAAUUUUGUGAUGCUCUUUCAAGCUGUGCUGAAAUUUUGGCUAAGAUCAAAAUUUAGUCUAUUACGCAAGUGGUCAAUUAGUGACAGCUAGUUUUUGAAUCGGUCUAUUAUCAUAAAGAAAACACUGAACUCUGAAGGCUUUCAUUGGAAUUCCAGAAAUAUAAAAGGUACAAAAUCUGUUUUUGAGGCCAAAUCACUUCACUACUUGCAUGCGUGUUGUUCGCUGUGAGUCUGUCAAUGUCAAAUAAGUAUUCUCUAUACUUUUAUAAUAAACAAAUUACUUCAUGGUUGGUUCGUUUGUACGAUUUUUAUUAUUUACUCGUUGUGAAGUAUCGCUAAACUCGCGAUUCUUCACAACUCGUAAAUAGUGGUCCAAUGCACUCACCAACCAUGAAGUAAUCUACAUAUAACUAUAUACUUAAACAUUUCCAAAUUAUGUAAAUUUUGUCCACUGAUACAUCUUACAGAAAAUACUAAAUUAUUUCAAUAAUACAAUAUAAAUGCAAUUUCAAUUAAUUAUUAACCCUGAACGAAAGCGCGGCGUAAGCCAAGGUUGUCGUAGGGCGCUUUCCAUUGAAUAGUCUGACCGGUCAGACCCGAAUUCUUUUCUCUGUAUCAAUGGAAAGAUCUGGUCUAUGUUUCUCAAAUAUCUAGCGAAAAUGGACCUCAUUCUAAUGUUAUCUAAAUUUUCCGGUCAGAUAGGUCCGAAGCCCAAACGUUUUGUGUUCCAUUCAACAAUUUGACCGUUCUGACAGUUCUGGCCGUGUUAAUGGAAAGCGCCCGUAGUCUCCCACUGUACACGGUGAUAAAUAUCAUUUGACUAUAUUCUUUAUUUAUCUUGAGGUAUUGUAUCUCUAUAGAUCCGGGAAUCGGUGGGGAUCUUCCUAUA